CACAUAAUAGGGCCUUCUAAUUGGUGAAAGCGAGACAGAAAUGCCCUAUCAAUCAUCAGAUCCCGGCAGACACAGUCAUGCAUCAUGGCCAGCAAAAUCACUUAUAGCUUGAAUAUUGGUGACUAAUUUACUUCUUACUAGAACUGUAACAAGAGCAGAACAUAUAUCAUAAAAGCUGUAAUGUGUCACUGUAAUGGAUAGUGUGAUUGCCCUGUUGUUUGUGCUGUUAUAACUUAAACUUAAUGAUCUCUGACAUUGCAAAGCAAAGCACUAAAAGGUUGAGACUGAUGCUUUGUAAUACUGCUGUGUCUCAGUCAUAUCCAGUGGCACAUAACAGAGAGUAUUUUAUUAAAACCUUAGGGAAAACUGCACAUUAUCUUUCAUUAUAACUAUAGACAUGCCCACAGAAAGAAAGAAAGCAUUUGUAACUUCUCAGACAGGCAAUACAAAGUGGCAUUAUGCAGUCACUAUAAUUGACUAUUACAUUAAAAAAGCAAUACCGUAAUUCACAGAAGGCUUGGAUGAGGACCACUGCACUAAUAGUUAGCCUUGCUGAUGCCUAAGCUGGAAUCAUUUACAAUACAUCUCUUUCAGACAUGUUUAUACCAUCCUGAACAAUAUCGUUUGUGAGUUUGAAUUUAAAGUUAUUAUCAGAGCAACACAAGUGCAGGCGAAAUGGCAGACUCAUCAGGACAUAAACACUAAUGAGAGGAGACAGUACUUGGACAAUUACACAGUUUCUGUCCAUAAGUUAGAGAUAUAGCAUUAAAAAGCUUGCAGAGCAAUUAACAGAAAAAAGGCCCUGUUCCAAAUGGUAGAGUUUUUGCUUUGGUAAUGCCACUGAGGUGAGGACUUAUAGUGUAGUCUAAAAGUUGCACAUAAACAUGAUCCUUUGGGAAAUUCAACAAGACUUUACAUUAUAGUUGUGUUCGCCAAAGUGUUGCCAACUUAAUGAUUUUGCUGAUAGAUCUGCUGACUCUUUAAAUCCCUUUAGCAACUUCAUUAAAAAAAAAAACCUAGCGACAAAUCAAACCACUUUUUUAGCAGAUCUGCCUGCUUUUUCCUCCAGCUCACAUCGCACCACAGCUACCCAUUUUUAUAAGUUUAGAAAGUAAGUAGUCAUCUCACCCCUAGUGUACAAAACCCAAUUUUGUUCCCCAUUCUUUUCACCAAAUAAUUGCUGAUCAUCAUUGUUACUAAGGACCAGUAACUGAUUUCUAUUGUUUCCAGCAACUAAUUAUUGAUCAUCAUUGUUUCCAAUGACCAAUCACUGACUCUUUAUCCUACCUAUGCAUUUUGUACUUCUACAUUUUUUAAAAGCAAUAACAGCAAGUUAUUCAGUUGGUAAAUGUUUCCUAUUGUUUAUAAUUCUGGACUGUUUAUUGCUGUUGCUUAAUUUUUUCUUGGUAGAUUUCUAUAAGAUUCCCUACAUGCAUAAACAGCCUCUAACUUGUGGUGCCAGCACCCAGGAUUCUUUCUGUAGGAAACCAUUUAUUCAUAUGGCAAUCCAUUAUUACCUACUUGAUAUCUGAUGGCAUUAUUGUCUAUUUGAGAGCCUCGAGUUGCAUACAUAUGUCUUUAUUGCUUCAUAGACAGUCUGCACAAAACCAUCAGCCACAAUUAGUCUGGAAUGCUAUUGAGUCAGACGGCGUAGUAAAUACACAUAGAGGGCGCUCAUGAGCACACUUUUCAAGCUUAAAAUAAGAAAUAGGGCACACUGCCGCCUCGAGGACCUCACGGGUUCGUGCCAACGCCAUUUGGGACAGGGCCGCGCCAAAUAACUGCGCUGUGUGAUAAAGUGUGAAUGCAUUCUCACGACUAUUUAUACAUUUUAUUAAUCCUAUUUGAGAUUUGAAUAGUAAAAGUUUUCGACUCAGUAUUAUGCUAUUAUAGGGGUCUGCGUGCGCCUCCUCGGCUGCUGUACUACUGUGACCCUGCUGUAUGAAGUAAUGAGAGUGCGCACAGCUUUCCGGUCUCCGCUGUGAGUCGCACCACGAGUUCUGCUGCCGGUGCGAUCCAGCGCUGUUCUUUGAUUGGCUGAUCAGCGCGUUCCGUCGAUCACGUGAGCAAUCCUCGUUCUGCGAACGGAGCAGCCUGGAGUGAAGCUCAGUAGCAGGGAGGCGGAGGAGGAGGACAUGAGCACCGAGAGCGCGCGCACAACAUCUGCGACCCAGAUAAACACACACACACACACACACACACACACGAGCCGGAUGAAGGAACAGCUCACUUAUAGGAGAUGUAUGCGCUGAUUAUCGGAAGAAACGGAGAUGAACAGUUUGGUCCAGAGGAGCAGUGUAACUGCACCAGAACAGCGCAGGUGGAAUGCCGCGUGAAAACCCGCAGUUCCACAGCACACUCGGGUCUAACAGCGUGGUGAAUGGAGGAUAUGUAAAGAUAGAGUAGAUGAAGCUUGUGAGGCGGGUGGACCUGUAAGUAAGCUGUCGGACGAGAUGAGGGCGGCGUGGGCAAACUUGGCGGCGCUGCUGCUGCUUUGCACUUGUGCAGGCGUGCUGCACUUCUGGAGUGGCGUGGAAAAGCGGAUGGAGAGAAACAGACGUAGCGUCCAAGAUCGCAGCGCCGAUCCCGAGCCUUCUCCGGACCUUCCGGGAACUUUUCGAGCUUUACUCGCCGUUCCGUCCGUGUCCCGUUCGCAGUCCCUUCACCCCAACACGAGCGAUAAUGAGAGGAAAGAUCAAGGACGUGGAUUCGAGUCCACGGUGCGCGAGCUCCACGCAUCGAAAAACCAAACAGAGCAGAUUCUAGAGGACGGGAUCUUUUGGAGUCGAAGUCUAGAAGAUGGCGUGUCAGCGGGCUUCGGGGAGGAAGAUGCCCGCACGUGGAAACAACGAGUACGCCGCGGCCGAGUCGUGUCUCUGGAGCCGGGCUGCGGCAGGACGUCCAACCAGCUGGCCACGUUCGCAGACGGAUCUCGUGCGUGCGUGCGUUACGGCAUUAACCCUGAGCAGGUGCAGGGGGAAACACUGUCCUACUACCUGGCCGCUCUGCUCGGGAUCACCAACGUGCCGCCGCUCGCGCUUUUGCGCCUCGAUGGUGAGCAGUGGACGCACGUGAGGGGGCGCAUGGAGGCGCUCCAGUGGACACCGAGCGCCGUGGUGUCCCUCAGCGAGUGGAUAGCUGAGCUGAGCCCGGCUGACGUGCCCGCUCCUUUUCACCGCUCCGGUGCCGGGCUGCUUCCGCUACAACCCGAGCUGCAAACCAAAAGCAAAGCGGAUCUGCUCGAGCUGGUGCAGUGGAGCGACCUGCUGCUGUUCGACUACAUCACGGCGAACUUCGACCGGCUCGUGAGCAACCUGUUCAGCCUGCAAUGGGACGCCAAGGCCAUGGAGAGAGACGCGAGCAACCUGCUCAGGACUCCUCGCGGCAGCUUGGUGUUCAUCGACAACGAGGCUGGACUUGUGCACGGCUACCGCGUGCUGGACAUGUGGGAGAAAUAUCACGGCGCGGCGCUCGGCUCCGUGUGCGUGUUCAGGAGGAAGACGGCCCGGCGCGUGGCGGAGCUGCACCGGCGAAGGGACACGCGCGCGCGCCUGCUGCAGCUCUACCGGGACAGCGAGCCUUUAGCGCACGAGCUCGGCUUUCUGUCCGACGAGCACGCCAGGAUACUGCAAGUGCGAAUAGACACAGUUCACGAGCACAUUUUGCACUGUAAAGAAAGGCACGAAAAACUGUAAUGGCUUUCUUUCCGUUUCUUUUCUCUCUCGCGCGCGCGCGUGAAUCCUAUCACAUUAGUAUGGAUAAGGACUGCUAGUUACCAAGGUGACCAUCAGACCACGCGACCCGUGAACUGUGUUCAGUGGGACUGUAGAAUAUCUGGACUAGCUACCUCCUGUAGGGACAAACCUUUAAAUGUGGCUGAAUUGGCAACCGUUUGUUUUUUUGUUGUUGUUGUUUUUGUAUAUGCGAUUAUUUUUUUAUUUUUGUAAGCCUUAAUUUCACAGAAAACAAUGCAUAUUCCUAGGGAUAGAAUGAGUACUGAUCAAAGUUCUUUGUACACACACUGGAAACAGGCCUAUGUGCUGAUGUAUGCUGCUUCUGCCAUUUGAUUUAUAGGGAUGCACUAAUCCCACUAUUUCCACUUAAGAAAGGCUUAAAAUAUUGUUAAUAAAGCACCCGAUUAUUGAUCCAGUCCUAAAAUCAGUAACUGGGAAACUUUCUGCAAGCUGUUGCAAACAGCCACAUGAUGGUGUGUUUAAUGACAUGUUGUGUCCUAUGUUUAAAAGAAGUUCUUUGGUUCUUGGGCCAGUAAAAUAUGCUGUGAAAUAUGUCACAUAAAAUCUAAUACAGAUCCUGUAUCACAAACAGAAUAGGGGCCAGUGACACUGCUCAGUGGCAGAUGGAGGAAUCUCUAUUUAUUAGAAUACUUUACUUGAUAAACAAGUUAUAAUUUAGUGACAAUGUUUCGGUCUUUGUCGAUCAGUUUGCAGAGUGAGGCGAAUCGGUAAUAUUCCCACUGCUGAAAGAUCAGUGAUUUGUAUAAAAGGACAUCUUUGAUUAUUUUCAGUAGCUUCACCAUUUCAUUCAUGGCCUUGAUAAAGUGGUGGGAUGUGCAUUGAAUUGAAAGUGUGUUGUGGGGUUUUGCUUUGUGAACUCUGAAUUUUAUUUAACUAAUUUAAAUCACAAUAUGUGAUAACAUUCCAGUUCUUUUUUUAUAUUAAAAAAUAUUGUGUCAUUUAUACAUGCCAUUAAAUCUAGUGGAACUGCAGGGUUUCACUAUGUUGAACACUA